AUGAGUUCCAUGAAAGCAGUGUUAAAACCAGAUGUGACCUUAUCUCUUAAACUAUCACCCUCCCCUUCUCCUCAUGACCAAACCCUAAAGCCUGAAGAACGAGGUAUACGUCUUAUCCAACUCCUCCUAAAAUGUGCAAAACAUGCAUCCUCGGGUAAUCUUCAUCGAGCCGAUGCAUGUCUUUCAGAGAUACCGGAGCUUUCAUCGAUUUCGGGUGACUCUAUGCAAAGGUUGGCUGCUCGUUUUGCCUCCGCCUUAGCCAUUCGCCUUGUCAAGCGUUGGCCCGGCAUACACAAGGCGCUAAACCAAGCCCAAGAACCCAAAUUAGAGCUUGAUAGGGCAAAGCCCCUCUUUGUCCGCACCUUUCCUUACUUUAGUUUCGCUUAUGCCAUCAUAGCCCAAACCUUACUCCAUGCCUUGGCAAACCAACGUAUGAUUCACAUCGUAGAUUUGGGCUUCAGUGACUCGAAAUUGUGGGUUGCACUGCUCCGAGGUUUCGCUAACUCACCACAUGGGCCUCCACAUUUGAAGGUCACUUGUGUUAAUGGCAACAAAACUAUUCUGGACAAGUUAGGCCGAAGGCUUGUCAAAGAGGCAGAAAGCAUGGGUACACCCUUUCAAUUUAAUCCUCUAACCGUGAAUUUGAGAGAGUUAACAGAGGACAUGCUGGAGGUGAGACAAGGAGAAGCACUAGGUUUCAUAUCAAUGUUAAAUCUUCACGUUUUAUUAGCUGAAGAUGAUCGAGUAGUUGCACAUUUUGGGGUUAACAGUAGUGACAGCAUUAAAGACUGCAAGCAAAUUGGUGAUUUUCUGGGCAUGAUUCGGUCAAUGUCACCUAAGUUAUUAUUUGUAGUAGAACAAGAAGUUGACCAUAAUUUAAAUCAAUUGGUGGACCGAUUUGUAGAGGGAUUGCAUUAUUACAGUGCAGUGUUUGACUCAAUAGAUGCCACUUUGGGGAGUAAUUUGGUUACUGAGGAAAGGCUUAUUGUAGAGGAAAUGUUUGGGAGAGAGAUUGAAAACAUUGUAGCUUGUGAGGGGUUGGAAAGGACUGAGAGACAUGAGAGGUGUGCAAGGUGGGUGGUUAGGUUUGCACAAGCAGGGUUUAAGCCAGUUCGGUUGUGGUAUAAUUCAUGUGAGGAUGCUAAACAAAUUAUGGAUGCCUUUGGAAAGAAUGGGUACAAGAUUGUUGUUGAGAGAACAGGUUUGAUGAUUUGUUGGCAUGAACGACCACUGUAUGCUGUAACAGCUUGGACUUGUUAG